GCUGCGCAGCGACGCGCUGACGCGGCAGGGGCGGGGAGGGGCGCGCGGCCGCGGCUCCCUCACAGGGGCUGAGUGGGACGGGGGGCGCUGAGGGCCCCGGGACCGGCGGCGGGAACCCAGUGGUGGCGGUCACCCGGUGCCCGCACCUCGGCUGUGGGGCCGGGCCGGGGCUCCCCGGCUGUGGGGCUGCGCUGUGGGGUCGCCCAGGGCCUUGUGGAGGUCCUCGAGGCGAUGCCGUGCUCCUCUGUUGGGCUCUGCCGGGGCUUCCUCACGGGUGUCCCCCCAACCCCGUCGCUCUGGCAGAAGAAGUGAUGAUUGGUAACGUCAGACCAGAGUGAAGCCUUGGCCAGUUAUAAAUCCCUCAGCACUUGAUGCUUCUGUGUGUGAACAGUAUUGCAGAUAAAGAAGACAUGGCAACUGUAAACGUUACAAAGAAAGAAGUCACGAGAGAUCUAGACCAUUGUGAUAUCCCAUACUAUGUUUCUGAAUUUGUGGAAAGAGAAGUUGGAAACGACUACGAUUCUCUGAGGAAGCUGGGCAGCCUUAUCGAUAAACUAUCUGAAAAUAAAAAGCAGUUAGAAGAACAGGUACUUACAGUUUCAUCUGAAGUCCCUAAAAGAAUUCAGAAGGCGUUGAAGAAUGCAGAAGAUUCUAAAAAAUCCCUGAAUCGGCUUCUAGAGGAAGAAGCUCUUCUAUCUGAUGCAAUUGAUAGCCACUUACUGAAAGCUGAGCCAUGGAUGGAGGAGCUUGGUGUGCUGAUUAGUCAAGUAGAGGAGAUCGAACGGCACCUGUCCUAUCUUAAGUGGAUUUCACGAAUAGAAGAGUUAAGUGAUAACAUUCAGCAGUAUCUGAUGACCAACAAUGUUCCAGAGGCAGCCAGUACUCUCGCUUUUAUGGCAGAACUGGAUAUUAAACUUCAGGAGUCAUCUUGUUCUCAUCUUCUUGCUUUUGUGAGAUCCACUGUUAAAUUCUGGCAUAAAAUUCUUAAGGACAAGUUGUCAAGUGACUUUGAAGAGGUGCUGACCCAGCUUCGCUGGCCAUUUGUGGGGCCACCACAGUCUCAGGCAUUUGGCCUUGCUGCUCCAGCCAAUGCUCCUGACAUAUACAACAAUUUGGAGACGUUGUUCUGUCAGCUUCUGAAAUUGCAAACCUCCGAUGAAUUGUUAACCAAACCUAAACAGCUUCCAGAAAAGUAUUCCUUACCCCCAUCACCACCCAUUAUCCUUCCAAUCCAGAUCAUGCUGAAUCCUCUGCAGAAAAGAUUCAAGUAUCAUUUCACUGGAAAUAAACCAACCAAUGUCUUAAACAAGCCUGAAUGGUAUUUAACACAAGUGCUUAUGUGGAUUGGAAAUCACUCCAAGUUCCUUGAUGACAAAAUCCAGCCGAUACUGGACAAGGCAGGAUCUUCAGUGAAUGCUGGGCUUGAAUUCUCUCGUGCUCUGGUAAUGCUGAUCUUGGAGAAGCUUGCUGCUGAUAUUCCGUUCCUGUUAUACGAUGAUGCCCUCUUUUGUCACCUUGUGGAUGAGGUACUUCAGUUUGAGAGAGAGCUCUACAGCGUUCAUGGCUACCUCAGCACCCUUCCCAGUUGCAUGCAUAUUCUCUCAGAAGAGUCCUGCUUCCAGAGGUGGCUAACAGUGGAAAAAAAAUUUGCUCUUCAGAAAAUGGACUCCAUGCUUUCAUCCGAGGCUGCGUGGAUAUCGCAAUACAAAGAUAUCACCGACGUAGAUGAAAUGAAAGUCCCAGACUGCGCUGAAACUUUUAUGACUCUGUUGUUAGUUAUAACAGACAGGUAUAAGAACCUUCCAACAGCUUCCAGAAAACUGCAGUUCCUGGGGCUACAGAAGGAGCUAGUUGAUGAUUUCAGGAUACGAUUAACUCAAGUAAUGAAGGAAGAGAGCAGAGCUUCUUUAGGCUUCCGAUACUGUGCGAUCCUUAACGCCGUUAACUAUAUCGCAACAGUGCUGGCAGACUGGGCUGACAAUGUAUUCUUCCUGCAGCUACAGCAGGCUGAACUGGAGGUUUGUGCAGAAAGUAGCACUGUCAGCCAGCUACAGCUGGGGCAGCUGGCUUCAAUGGAGAGCUCUGUCUUUGAUGAGAUGAUUAACCUCCUGGAGCGCCUGAAACAAGAUAUGUUGAGUCGUCAAGUACAUCAUGUCUUCAAAGAGGUCACAGAUGCUGCAAAGCUGUACAAAAAAGAGAGGUGGCUAUCUUUACCGUCUCAAGCAGAGCAAGCAGUAAUGUCUCUGUCGAGCACAGCUUGCCCGAUGUUGUUGACCCUAAGAGACCGCCUGCUCCAACUGGAACAGCAGCUCUGUCACUCACUAUUCAAAAUAUUCUGGCAAAUGCUCGCAGAGAAAGUGGAUACAUUCAUCUAUCAGGAGAUAAUCAUGGCGAAUCACUUCAAUGAAGGAGGAGCAGCACAACUUCAGUUUGACAUGAGUAGAAAUCUCUUCCCUUUAUUUUCACACUACUGUAAGAGGCCAGAAAACUACUUCAAGCACAUAAAAGAAGCCUGCAUUAUCCUGAACCUGAAUGUUGGCUCUGCCUUGCUGCUGAAGGAUGUACUACAGUCAGCCUCAGAAAAUGAAUCGUCACUGAAGCCAAACCAGCCAUCAGCAACAGCAGCAUUAAAUGAACUUGGCGUUUACAAAUUAGCUCAACGGGAUGUUGAGAUUCUUCUCAAUUUGAGAGCUAUUUGGCCAAAUACAGGAAAAUAAAGACUUCAAAAUUGGUUAAUAACUUGAUCUAGAUUACUUACUUCAAACAAAAGCAAAGCAAAUAAGUUACAACAUAGUUGUGUUAUUUUUUUUCAACACUGUAUGCUGUAUAAUUGGUUUGAUCUAAUCUUUACCAUUUAUUGUAUAUACUCUAAAAUUUUUUGAAAACGUUACUGACUUGGCUUCUAACUGCACAGGUCUUACUUCAACGUAACCACUUGGUCAUUACAUUUAAAAGCUAACAGUCUUCAUUACUAAUGACUAUGACACUCUCACUUAAACACGUUUUUACAUCUCUAAAUCCCAGGUAUUGGGUGUUCUGUAUCUAAAAUAUGCCUAUGCAGGACCUGGGAUGGAAUGAAGGAAUUUGUCAAUUUGUUUCCUGUGUUUAUAUUCUUUUUUCUUCCGUCCCAAAGUCUCCCAUUUUUUUUAAUAAGACCUCUUUUGUUUUUGAGCCUAUUUUAAAACUUAAUAAAUGCUAUGUUACUUGGCACUGCUA